UUUUUUUUCAAAUAAAUCUCGUUUUUCUUCUUCGGAAUGGACAUUGACAUCAGCGACAACGACCUUGGGUUUGAGCAGGAGGUCCUGCGUGAGCCAUUUAAACUCAAGGGCUGGCUGCGAUACCUCGACCACAAGCGGGACGGACCAGCGCGCACACUGUCGAUUAUUUACGAGCGUGCAGUGAAGAACCUCCCGGGCUCAUACAAGCUUUGGAAGCAGUAUCUAGACCAUCGGAGUGGCCUUCUGGAGAAACUUAAUCCGCUGACAAAUGCUGACGAGUACCGUAAAGUGAACUUGUGCUUUGAGCGUGCGCUGCUGCUCUUGCACAAGAUGCCACGGCUUUGGAUCGAUUAUGGCAAAUUCAUGUGUAAGCAAGCAGAUCCGACAGCAGCUCGACGUGUGUUUGACCGGGCGCUCAGGGCGCUGCCAGUGACGCAGCACGAGCGGAUCUGGCCGAUAUACUUGAAGUUUGUCAGGCGUGUGGGCGGAGUGACGGCGGAUCGUGUGUACGCUAGGUACCUGCAGGUGUGGCCUGAGGAGUCAGAGCUGUGGAUUGACUGGUGUGUUGAGCAGCGGCGGUGGCGCGAAGCAUGCGUUUGGCUUGUCAGGGUUCUGAAUAGCGUCAUGUUCCGAAGCCCACGGGGCACGACGCCGUUCCAGUUCUGGAAUCAGUUGGCGAUGAUCAUUCGGAAUCAGCCUGAGGAGACCAAGGAUUUGGAUUCGGAAGGAGUUUUGCGCGACGGUAUCUCGCGAUUCAGCGAUCAAGUAGGCGAGCUGUGGACAGCGCUUGCUAGCCAUUAUAUUGCACUGGGCAGGUUCGAGCAGGCGCGAGAUAUCUACGAGGAGGCGAUUCGCAGCGUGGCGACAGUGAGAGACUUCACAAUGGUGUUUGACGCCUAUGCAGAGUUUGAAGAAGCGGCGAUUUCGGCGGAGAUGGAGGCAGAAGUCAGAGAUGCGUCCAAGAGCGAGAAGGGGUUCCUAGAGAUCGCACAAGACCGUCAGAUGACGCUUGAUCUAAGAUUGCUGCGGUUUGAGAGGCUCAUGGACCGCAGGCCGUUUUUGGUCAAUGAUGUGGUGCUCAGACAGAACCAGAACAACGUGCAGGCGUGGCUCAAGCGUGCUCAGCUGUGGGACGCGCGCAAGCAAGCGAUCAUCGAGACAUUCGAUAAGGCUGUAGAAACCGUGGUGCCGUACAAGGCAUCGGGUGGAACGCUGGCAGAGAUCUGGCUUGCGUACGCACGGCAUUUUGUCGACAAGCCCUCGGAGAUGCGCCGGGUACUUGACCGGGCUGUGGCCGCUCCAUACAAAGCUGUGUCUGAGCUGGUGGACGUGUAUAUUGCGUAUGCUGAAGCCGAGCUGGCAUGGGACAACCCUGACGGCGCUCUAAUGGUGCUUACUCGAGCAACAGCAGUGCCCAAGGCCAGCAAGCCCACGGUCGACUACCGCGACGAUAGCCUGCCCGCGCAGCACCGGGUGUUCAAGUCGCUGAAAGUUUGGUCAAUGGUUGUCGAUCUGGAAGAGAGUCUGGGUACUGUGGAGUCAACUCGGCUCGCGUACGACCGGAUGCUGGAGCUCAAGAUUGCAACACCACAGGUGGUGGUCAACUACGCAACGUUCCUACAGGAUCACGGGUACUUUGAGGACUCCUUCAAGGUAUAUGAGCGCGGUAUCGAUGCAUUCGGAUACCCGGUAGCCGUGGAGCUUUGGACGAUCUACUUGAAAAGGUUUGUGGACCGGUACAGAGGCGACAAGCUGGAGCGUGCACGCGAUCUAUUCGAGCAGGCACUGGAGAAAUGUCCCGAACGGUACGCCAAGCCAAUCUUUUUGGCGUUUGGCAAGCUGGAGGAGGACCACGGUCUUGCCAGAAGAGCCCUCAAGGUGUACGAGCGUGCGACGCAGGGUGUGCCUAGGGCUGAGCGGCUGGAGAUGUUCCAGUACUAUGUGGCCAAGACAGCAUCGAUGCUGGGUGUACCCGCGACGCGGGCCAUCUAUGAGCGUGGAAUCGAGGAGUUGCCCGACAAGCAGGCGUUGUUGCUGGCCAUGGACUUUGCGCAGACCGAGCGGCAACUGGGUGAGAUCGAUCGCGCCAGGGCCCUGUAUGCCUAUGCUUCCCAGUUCGCUGAUCCAAGAGUGGAUCCGGGUCUGUGGACGACGUGGCACGAGUUCGAGGUGCAGCACGGCAACGAGGACACGUUCAAGGAGAUGCUGAGGAUCAAGCGGUCGGUGCAGGCCAGAUUCAACACCGAUGCACAUAACCUGGCAGCCAUGGAGAUCGAGCAGAAAAACGAAGCCAAGGCC